CCGACACACACCUGAACUCUGAGAGAGCAGCUGAGGCCCUCAUUUGUUUGCCGUUUGAGUCGGAGAGAAUGACCAUUGAUAUGAACACUCCUGUAAGACAACUUCUGUGAAUCAAGGCAAAUGGCAACUCGUGAAUUUAUGUUCCAUUUGGGACAUGAUGCUCAGAAUCUCUCAGACCUGAGGAUUGUACUGCUGGGAUAUGGAUAUGGUGGGAAGAGUUCAUCAGGAAACACCAUCCUGGGCAGAGAGGAGUUUGAUACUGUAGGGAGAACAGCUCAGUGUGUGAAGAGACAGGGAGAAGUAGCAGGGAGGCAGGUCACUGUGGUGGAGGCUCCAGGAUGGUGGAGGAAUUAUCAGCUAAAGGACACUCCUGAACUGACUAGAGAGCAGAUUGAGCUCAGUGUGUCUCUGUGUCCUCCUGGACCCCACGCUCUACUGCUGGUCAUACCUUUGGACAUUCCAUUUACAGAGACAGAGAGAAGAUCAGUGCAGGAACACCUGGAGCUUCUCAGUGAGAGAGUGUGGAGUCACACUAUAGUGCUGUUCACCUGUGGAGACUGGCUGGGAGACACACCCAUUGAGCAGCACAUUGAGAGUGAAGGAGAGAGUCUGCACUGGCUGGUAGAGGAAUGUGGGAACAGAUAUCAUGUCCUCAACAACCAGAAGAGAGAUGAUCACAUGCAGGUUACACAGCUGAUGGAGAAGAUAGAAGAGAUGGUGGCAGGAAGCAGAGAACAACAUUAUAAGAUGGAGAAACAGAGAAUAGAAGAGUUGGAGGAGAAGAGGAGGAGAAAAGAAGAGAGAGUAAAAGAGAGGAUGAUGAAGGUGAAGAGACACAGAGAGUCUCUUAGAACAUUGUUGGGUCUCAGGAGAGCACGGAGCAAAGACCAAUUAAUAGAAUUCAGAGGAAACCGCCUACUGCCCCCUGCUGGAAUCCAUGAUCAAGACCAUAUCUGGAAGAGGUGGAGCAUGGCUGAACCUCUAAUCUGUGAAGCUCCCCAUCUGUCAAAAUUGAGGAUUCUGUUGCUGGGAUACAGAUAUGCUGGGAAGAGUUCUUCAAGAAACACCAUCCUGUAUGGAGAGGAGUUUGAUACUGUAGGGAGAACAGCUCAGUGUGUGAAAAGACAGGGAGAAGUAGCAAGGAGGCAGGUCACUGUGGUGGAGGCUCCAGGAUGGUGGUUUAAUCAUCAGUUAGAAGACACUCCUGAACUGACUAAAGAGCAGAUUGAGCUCAGUGUGUCUCUGUGUCCUCCUGGACCCCACGCUCUGCUGCUGGUCAUACCUGUGGAUGAACAAUUCACAGAGACAAGGAAAAGAUCAGUGCAGGAACACCUGGAGCUUCUCAGUGAGAGGGUCUGGAGUCACACUAUAGUGCUGUUCACCUGUGGAGACUGGCUGGGAGACACACCCAUUGAGCAGCACAUUGAGAGUGAAGGAGAGAGUCUGCACUGGCUGGUAGAGGAAUGUGGGAACAGAUAUCAUGUCCUCAACAACCAGAAGAGAGAUGAUCACAUGCAGGUUACACAGCUGAUGGAGAAGAUAGAAGAGAUGGUGGCAGGAAACAGAGAACAACAUUAUAAGAUGGAGAAACAGAGGAUAAGAGAGUUGGAGGAGAAGAGGAGGAUAAAAGAAGAGAGAGUGAAAGAGAGGAUGAUGAAGGUGAAGAGACAGAGAGAGUCUCUCAGAUCACUGAUGGGUGAAGUCCAUCAUCUCUCAGAGUUGAGGAUUGUGCUUCUGGGAUACAAAGUAUCUGGGAAGAGUUCAUCAGGAAACACCAUCCUGGGUGGAGAGGAGUUUGAUACUUUAAAAACAACAGUUUAGUGUGUGAAGAGACAGGGAGAAGUAGCAGGGUGGCAGGUCACUGUGGUGGAGGCACCAGGAUGGUGGAGGAAUAUUCAGUUAAAGGACACUCCUGAACUGACUAAAGAGCAGAUUGAGCUCAGUGUGUCUCUGUGUCCUCCUGGACCCCACCCUCUACUGCUGGUCAUAUGUGGGGACACUCCAUUCACAGAGACAGAAAGAAGAUCAGUGCAGGAACACCUGGAGCUUCUCGGUAAGAGAGUGUGGAGUCACACUAUAGUGCUGUUCACCUUUGGAGACUGGCUGGGAGACACACCCAUUGAGCAGCACAUUGAGAGUGAAGGAGAGAGUCUGCACUGGCUGGUAGAGGAAUGUGGCAACAGAUAUCAUGUCCUCAACAACCAGAACAGAGAUGAUCACAUGCAGGUUACACAGCUGAUGGAGAAGAUAGAAGAGAUGGUGGCAGGAAGCAGUGGGCAGCAUGAUGAGAUGGACUCAGACACCUGGUCUCUCAGCAGAUCGAUCACAGGAUUACAGGAACUACAGGCAGCCCCUGUGAGGAAAGCUAAAAGCUCUGAGCUUCCGCUAAAUAUGAGUGGCGGCCACUGGUCAGUUUCAAGUUCUGCAUAUGGCUCCUCUGGAUCUAUAACAGGACCCAUGACCACUACCCAAGGAUCAAUGAGCUCCAUAGCUUCUUCUGGAAUUGGGUCUCUGAGUUCUAGAGCAGGUUCUGUUUAAAGCUUAGACUCCAGAGGAUUCAAGUUCCCAAACCUUUCUAAAGUGAAUACCCUUGGAGACCUUCCUGAGGCCCAGGAGGAAUCAAACUCCAGACUUACAAAGGAGAAGAAGCCAUAAUUUUCAAAUCAAAAUAGUUGUACAUUGCACUGUUGCUGCUGUUAUUUGUUUUCUGGACAACGAUUUUCUGGUCUACCCACGACUACUAGCUACUUUGUGGUAAACUUAUGGCCAGUCCCUCCAGGAAUUCGCAAUAUUGCGAUCGCAACAAUUAACGAAAAUUCAGCAAAUGCCUGUGGAUUCUGGGCGACCUUGCAAUUUUGUCCAAACGCCGCAACUGUUUAAUACUGCAUAUUGUUAUGUAUAUUGAAAUAUGUCCCACAUUAUAUGAAAUUAAAUAUUCAGGCCUGAUAACGGUU